UUAGAAUCGAAGUUAAAGAAAAGUGUACGCUACCAAAUUUUAGGGUAGCUAGUAAAUAUUUGAAUUAAUUAUUUGAAAAAUGGCUGGUGGAGCUAUUUUAUUGCAAAAUGAUAAAACCCUUGUCGAUUGGGUCAAGGAGUUUCGCUUGAAAAAAGUUCAAAUGCGAAGGAAAGCUCGACGCGGUGUCGAGGGUCUUCGCAUAUGCGCAAUAUUAGCAACGGCUCUCAAAAGCGCAGAGAAGGAGCUUCGUCAAAAACAACAAGAACGCUACAAUCGUUGGUCCGAGUUCCAAUUUAAAUUAGUAAAAGACCAAAAUUCCAUUCCAAGUCCCAUUUGCUGCUCACCCAGCCAGAUUCAAGAAGAAGAAGAAAGACAAAGACACAAAAAGGAAGUAGCCGAAGUUUGGAAAAGUGAAAUUAGCAGUUUGGAUGAAUUCAUGCGCAACCUUAGUAAUAGCCAAAAAUGUGUCUCUGCCAGCAGUUGAAACUUAGUCAUUUGUGUUUUCGUAUUUCUCCAAAAAUUGAUACAAAUUCGUACCUUAAAUUUUUAACGUAGUUAAAUUGUGCUAGGAAGAGCUAAUUUUAAUACCUAUGUUAAUUUUGUAAAUAUUUGUUCUGUCAUUUCGUUUGUACUAUGAUGGUUUUCCAUUUACAGUAACCAAUUGUUUGAAGAUGAAGAGAAUGAUGCAACUGCUCUCUCGACCGGACCGGGCUUGAUGGCUUGGCAAGUGUCGUCCGUGGCAAAUUAACACA